AUGCUCAUUUUCUCUGUGCUCUUUUUCAAUUUAAUUAUUGGCUGUCUUUUCUAUGGACUUCCCUCUGAAUCUUCUUAUAAUACAAAUAUUGAUCUGAAUUUUGAAAAUAUCACAUUUUCUUCGAUUCGAAAAGAAGAUCAAGUUAUUCAAGCAUUUAUUUUUGCAUGGAAUGGUUAUAAAAAAUAUGCAUGGGGAAAAGAUGAAUUGGAACCUUUGAAGAAAAAUGGAUCGAAUUCUUUUGGAUUGGGAUUGACGAUUGUGGAUGCAUUGGAUACGGCAAUUAUUAUGGGAUUGAAGAAAGGUUGGCGAUUUUUUAGAAAUGGGGAAAAGUUUUGGUAUAAAAUCAGAUAAAAUGUGCGAUUUUCAAUGUUAGAAAACAAUGUUCACUCGAAAACUGAAAACAUUGCAAAAAAAUUAAGUUUUCAGAAGAAAUUUCGAAGAAUAAAAUUUUUUGAUGUAUGAUGUACCAAAAAAAUUCUUUAUUUUUACAUUUCAAUUUAGAUUCUCACUUCAGAAUUCUGAUUUCCCAUUUUCCAGAAACCAACAAAGCUAUCGAUUGGAUCAAAAACGACCUCGAUUUCGAUGUAAAAAAUGACAAUGUAAAUGUGUUCGAAACAACAAUCAGAGUCCUCGGUGGAUUGCUCAGCUCAUAUAAUCUAAUAAAACAUCCAAUUCUUCUCGAAAAAGCCAAAGACCUCGGAGACCGCCUUCUUUCCGCAUUCAUCCAAUCAACAAGUCCAAUUCCUCGAAGUGAUGUAAAUCUAAAAACUCGAAUUGCCUCAAAUCCAUCAGGUUAUUCAAGCCUCGCUGAAGUUAGUACAAUUCAAUUGGAAUUUCGCGAAUUGUCGAGAUUGACUCGAGAUAUGAUUUAUGAACAAUAUGCAAUGAAUGUGUCGAAUUAUAUUCAUCGAAUUGGUUGUGAUGGUUUAUGUCCAUAUUUGUUAGAUGUUAAUGAUGGAAAAUUCAUCGAGACAACAAGAACUUUAGGAGCAAGAGCUGAUAGUUUUUAUGAAUAUUUGCUCAAACAAUAUUUACAAACAAAUGUUGACUGGUUUCGAGAAGAUUGGAAUAAUUAUAUCGAUUUAAUCGAAAAAGACAUCUACAUGAAAAUCGGUUCGGAUUAUGUUCUCGGAGAAAUCGAAAAAGAUAAAACAUUUUCGGCAAAAAUGGAUCAUUUGGCUUGUUUUUUAUCAGGAAGUUUAGCUCUAUCUUAUCAGAAUGGAAUAAAUUCGAAACAUCUGAAAAUGGCUGAAAAUAUUGCUGAAACUUGUUAUAAAAUGUAUGAUACUCCAAGCGGUUUAGCAGCCGAGAUUUAUAAAUGGAAAGAAGAGAAGAUUUCAAGCGAUUUUCGAGAUCGACAUAGUUUAUUACGACCAGAAGCCGUCGAAUCUUUCUUUUAUUUAUAUCGAGUUACCGGAAAUCGCAAAUAUCAAGACUGGACUUGGAAAAUCUUUCAAAGUAUUCAAAAAUACGCUAGAAUUCCUGAAGGAUAUUCAUCUGUUAAAAAUGUUUAUGAAACUGAAUAUAUUACGCGGUAAGUUCUCUCUAAAUUAUUAAUUAGCUUAUAAAAACCUAAUUAUCUUUAGAAUCGAUAAAAUGGAAAGUUUCUUUUUAGCUGAAACUCUGAAAUACAUUUAUUUGACGAUGGCUGAAAAUCAGACAAUUUUACCGCUCGAUGAGUGGAUUUUCAACACUGAAGCUCAUCCAUUUCCAAUUUCAAAAUGA